UGAAACGGUCAGAUUCUUGCCCGGUGUCACAUUUCUGUGUGCUUGAAUUUGAGAAGAUGCAGCUGAUGGUGAGUUUAUGAAGGAGCGAUAAAAUAUCCUUACAGUUAAGCUACACGAGAACAACGCCUGGGCACACCUGUGGAUCUCCAAGCCAGGCCGGCAAACUCUUUUGGCUCUGUUCCGCAUAUUGCAUUUCAGGUGUGAAGAAUCUCCAGCGUCCCCCUUGAGAGUUGGUGUCACUUGGUGUGCGUGGGUCCAUCUGUCUGCCAUCAGAGGACGACCAAACCUCCUCCAGAGCCCGAAGAGCGAGGAAAGAGAAAGAUCUGGAGCGGCUCCUUCCGUGAAACUGACUGCUGACUGCCAAAACAUGUCACACCAAACUGGGAUCAAUGCAACAUCGGAGCUUAAAGACUUCCUGGCCCAAGCAAGGGGAGGUGCCAUCAGGAUAAUAAAGAUCGUCAUCCAAAAUGAGGAGUUGGUGCUAGAGUCGAGCGGGAAUCCAGCCCAAAGCUGGGACAUGGACUAUGACCACUUCCUAUUACCUCUGCUCACGCCACAGCAGCCGUGCUACAUCCUCUACCGGCUGGACUCCCAGAAUGCACUGGGAUACGAGUGGAUCUUCAUCGCCUGGUCACCCGACCAGUCACCAGUCAGAGAGAAGAUGGUUUACGCUGCCACUCGUGCCACAUUGAAGAAAGAGUUCGGAGGAGGUCACAUCAAAGACGAGCUGUUUGGCACAGUCGAGGAAGACGUGUGCUUCCAGGGGUACCUGCGUCACAUGACCUCCUGCUGUUCUCCGGCGCCUCUCACAGCAGCUGAACAAGAACUCCAACGAAUUCGAGUCACGGAGGAUAAAGUUGUAUGGGAUGAGCGUAGACGAAUUGGGAUUCCACGUGCAAGGGUUCCAGUGGAGUUUGGUAUAGACAAAAGAGUCUCUCAGGGUCUCGCAUUCCCUUUACAAGAGGAGGCCAAGCGAGCACUCCAGCAGCUGAAGCAGAAACGCGUCAACUACAUACAGCUGAGGUUGGAUGGGGAGAAAGAGACCAUCGAGCUGGUGCACACCAAACCAACAGAGACCCGUGAGCUCCCGUACAGGAUCCCCACAGAUUCCCCCAGAUACCACUUCUUCAUCUUCAAACAUUCCCACCAGGGCCGCACGCAGGAGGCACUGGUGUUCAUAUAUUCAAUGCCUGGGUACACCUGCAGUAUAAAGGAGCGGAUGUUGUAUUCCAGCUGCAAGAACAGACUGCUUGAGGAAGUGGAGAAAGAUUACCAGCUGGAAGUGACCAAAAAGAUGGAGAUAGAUAGUGGCGACGGCCUUACAGAAGACUUCCUGUACGAGGAGGUCCACCCGAUGGAGCACACCUUGAAGCAAGUGUUCGUUAAGCCUCGUGGACCGGGGGGCAAGAGGGGCAACAAACGCCUUAUCAAAGGCGCAGGAGAGAACGGCGAGGAAAUUUAAGCACACGCAAAUAUACACACACAAAUACAAUAUAACACAACCAAACAAACGUUAUAUUUAUGAAUUGAGUUGAACUGUUUCCAUUGUACCUACUUAAUUUUUGCAAAAUGAGUCCAAAUAAAACAUGGAUAAAGAGCUACAACAAAGCAAAAAGUCAACUUUCAUAAUAUGUCCACUUUAAUUUGCACUGUGUUGUUUUGCUCUCGUCAUCAGUUAUCCAGAUCAAACCAUCGUUGGUGAAAGGGAGAAGGCCUUUAAAAUGUUGGUUGCAUUGUGGAUUAUUAUCCUAUUUUAUCACCUAAUCAGUCUCCAUGAUUGAACACCGGUGUACACGCUUGUCUCAGUCACACUGUUUCACGUGAAUGUUCAUUACAAUAAAAUGCUCUUUAUCCUACA